UAACUACAAGAGAUGGGUCAUGCUUCUUUGUUAUCCGUUUUGGCUCUGCUUGGUCAUUAUGAGUGGCUGUUAGUGGAAGGGAUGUUAUAUGGGUGUGUGUUGAUCUUCUGCUGUCAAGUUCAGAGCAUACACAAAAACGAUAAUGGUGACAAAAGUUCUAAAGGUGGUGACAAAACUGACAGUGCUGGUCGGACAUGCAUACACAUGGCGCUAGAAUUUAACCACGUGCAUGAAGAAGACAAUUGAUUUGAGUUUCGCACUAAUGCUGCCUCAUAUACAUGGAAAAUAAAGUGACGACGCGGUGAAACAAACGGACGUCGUCACGUCACGUCACUAAGGCUGCUGGUUUUCAACACUUUUGCUUAUUCCUGUUGUGUGUAUUUGUGUGCAUGCAUGCGUGCGUGCGUGUGUGUUUGUGUGCUAUGUGACCGGGACAUGUUGUUCUAUACUUGAUGGUGGCCUCUUUGCAGCUGGAGUAUCACCGUCAGAAAUUGAAGGAAAUUGCCCUGGCCAAGCUCCGUACCUUCUUCCAACCUCAGUUCUGGGAGUAUCUGCAAGCACAAGUCCAAGCAAGAAGGAUUGCAAAAUGUGUUGUGGGUGGCGUCUCUGGAUCAUCGAGCAAGCGGCGGGGAAGAAAGAAAGGUGGCGGCGCCGAAGGAGGUGGUGGAGGGACGUAUGCGCUCGGGCAGAGCGAGGCGUGGACCAUGUACUUAGUGAACCGCGACGGCAUAGGUCGGCCGGUGCCCGUUCCGGCUUCGCUUGCACUGGGCCGGCAAGCGAAGCUACUGUGAGCAUUACAAACGCUGACGUUUGUAAUGUGCUCAUCACCAUGACAGUAUACCGAAGGUCCCUUGAACUAGUGUUCCGCUCUACAAACACGCUUGACACCAGUAUCACUGUAAGUAAUACUCGGGUACAAUUGAUCGAAGAAAACAGAAAACAAGAAAAAAGAAUAUCCUUGAUUCAAGAAAAACAGAAAACGUGAAAACAAAAGACUAUUCUUGGUCGUAGCCACAGACUUGAGUAAUCAGAGCCACACGGAGAGAAAAGCUCUUGUAAAAGACUUCCCAUGGCAAUGGGACAUUUCUUCGGAGAUUUCCAGUGUCCUCCACCCGUUGGCGCUGGUAAUGGUAUGCAGUAUGCCAUGCAUGCAAUGAGCCUAUGAUGGGCUCCACUGCACCAGAGACACUGGUGUAGGCGCAUAUUCAACAUACUGAACUUGCCUCGGACAAUUAAAAUGUUAUCGCAGCAGACUGGCUGGGCCUCAGUCGAUCAAAAAUAAUUUUUGUGUAUGUUUUUUUUGCCUAGCGUAUAUCCUGACUACAUGACUGUCUUAUUGUGUCCCCAUACAUUUCUUUCUAUGAUGCCGCAACAUUGCCCUGGCAUCUGAACAACCAUUUCCGUUUAAAAAAAUAUUGUAAUUCAUGCAUGAUGCCUUUUGUUGGCUCUUCUGCCUGGAUUUCAUUGACAAAUACCAUGGAUCCUUCCAUGAGUGACAUGCAAACUGUACCUAUUAUUAUGCAUGUUUUAGAACACAUCAUGGUUUCAGUCUUUGAGACAACCGUUGUAUUUUUUUUAUAAAGCUCUGUUCUUCUAGGAAUGAGCCGUCACGCGGCUGUCCACGGCGGAUGGUUUCCGCCAGCUUCGAAUGCGAUGUACGUGUAUGGCGGUCCCAUCCCCACCGGGAAGGUGCGUAGCCUCUUGGAGGCUUCUUUUUUCUGUAUUUUUUCUGAUCUCUCAAUGCCGCUUGCCUUGCAUGUCUAUCAUUGCUGCUGUUUGUUGAUGCAGUAUGCUCUUUGCCUGCUGUGCAUAAGCCGUAUAAAACUUGUCGAAUGUGAACGGACAGCAGCCUGUCGUUACCUCUGUGCAUUGCCAGCAUAAUACUUCAGAAGUGUGUUGUCUUUCAAUGAACUCCACGCUCGCCCGUGUGCUACUCUGCAUCAUAUUCACUCGCUCAAAUAGUGCUCAGAUAGCGCUCGAAUAGUGCUCAGAUAGCGCUUGAAUAUAGUGCUCAGUGCAUGCCGUCCAUUGCAUCGGCCGUUGGAAUGUUUUUACUGCUAUGUUUUCUAUAGUGUCGCUUACACGUCUUGUUCUUUGGCACCCCGGGGUAUGCCGGUCUUAGAGCUAUGGACUUUUGAUGAUCAUGAUGAUGAUGGUGAUAAUCUACCGGUGUUGAUACUUGUUAUAUCAUGUGACCAUUGUCAUGUCAUGUGACCAUUGUCAUGUCAUGUGACCAUUGUUAUGUCACGUGACCAUUGUAAUGCCAAUUAUGCCAUGCAACCAUUGUCAUGUCACGUGACCAUUGUCAUCAGUACAACCAGCAUGGCAACUCGCAGGAA